AGGCAGCUAAAGCAGCAGCAGCGAUAUUGAAGGUCCCUAUUUCAGACUCCGCUUUCUGUGGACGGAGAACGCGGCCAUGGCGGAUUACGAUGCUUACGACGACCGAGCUUACGGGAGCUUCGGCGGCGGCAGAGGACCCCGAGGUGGAGCCGGCCCAGGAGGACCACGCAAGCAGAAGGAGCUACCUACAGAGCCCCCCUACACAGCAUAUGUGGGAAACCUGCCCUUCAACACAGUACAAGGAGACAUAGAUGCCAUUUUCAGAGAUCUCAGUAUUAGGAGUGUGCGACUAGUAAGAGACAAAGAGACAGACAAGUUCAAAGGUUUUUGUUAUGUAGAGUUUGAUGACUUGGAAUCUCUGAAAGAGGCUUUGACAUAUGAUGGUGCUCUCCUUGGAGAGCGAUCAUUGAGGGUGGACAUUGCAGAGGGUCGAAGACAAGAGCGAGGUGGAGGGUUUGGCUUCCGAAAAGAUGAAAGAGGCCGCGGUGGCACACGGGGGUCCAGAGGAGGUGGACGCGAAUCUAGAGACGACUUCGACCAUUCUGGAGGAGGCUUUAGAGAGGACGAUUUCAUGGGCGGGAGGGGUCGAGGAGGCAGUCGUCCUGGUGACAGACGGAUGGGUAGCGGAAUGGGUCGCUACAGAGAUGGACCUCCACGCGGCCAGACGGAUUUCAGAGAACCCUCUGAAGAGGAAAGAGCGCAGAGACCAAGGCUACAGUUGAAGCCUCGCACAGUCUCUGAACCCCUAAACCAAGUGGCCAAUCCAAACUCGGCCAUCUUUGGGGGUGCCAAACCCAGGGAGGAGAAUUGAUAUAGCCGUGUGGCUGCGUUAUUCUGGAAGGCUAGACUGGAUCUACGGGCUUUGUCCACGAAAAAUCUUUCAAAGACGUGUGGGCAGAGGGUGAGAGGUAUCAAGCUCCCCCCCUUUGCACACAAACCCAAAACAAGGCCUCGUGUGAUUGGUUAAAAAGAAGCUGGACUUGGGGCCAAUGGGGAAAAAAAGACGUGGCCUAGGCUUAUACCUACCCGCGUCUUGUCAUCUAUAUGUGAACCUCGCACACCUAAGCAAGACUCAAAGGACAGUGGCUUCAGUUUGAUUCUGUUGCCUUUGGGUAAGGACCUUACUGUGUGUAUUCUUUUCUCUCCCUUUCCCAAGGCAUCUUUAUGUUAAAGCAUUUGAAAUUGAAAUUCUAGACACAUGGGAGUAAAUGCAGACCCACUGUGUCUUUUUAUAUUUUGCUUACUAAAUUGCUGCUCCGUUUCUGAAAUAACGUUUUUGGGCUUUCAGCAACCACUGUCUUAAACAUUAAAUGGUUAAAUGGCAAGAGAAUCUGAAUGUUCAUUUCUGUUUCGUAUGUAAUUCUGGCAUAAUCAUUUUGAAAGGUUUUUUUUUGACCAAGUCUGUUUUAUCCAGGUAUGCGAUGCUUUCUGCAAUGAUGCGAGACAGCCAGUUUGUUUAGAAGAGUGAGAUGAAGGCGUGCUAGCUUUUGAACAUGGAUAGCGGCUACAGUCUCAGUCAGGCAAUUGUCAGCGUUCACAGCUUGAUAGUAAUGUAUUUCAUCAAAAAGUUAACUAUGGAUCACUCUUUAACAUGGACAGUAAAAACUGCCUUGACAUAGGAAGCUUAUUGAACAAAAGUGUGAAAAAAAUAAAAUAAAAUCACCCGCACAUUUCCAAUCAAGGUGGUACCAGGCACUAGUCUUGUCUAUUAGAUCAGGAAUAGAUUUCUCUUUGGAUAUCCAUGUGUUGCAACCUUUUUAUUUUACAUUUUACUGGACAUGAAAUGGAAGAAGUAGAGCCUUUUCUUACUGUACUAUAGAACGAUUGGCUGUUUUUAUUCUUUUGUUUUUCUUUUCAUUUUUCCUACACUGUUUAUGGCAAUAAAAUAUAUCAUCUUAAAGUGUUUCAAAUGAAUGUGUUCACCUGGACAAGAUGUAGAGUGCACAGCAAAUGGGGGAUGUCUGUCCUAGAAUAUGUAUUCACAAUGAAAAUGCACUUAGCUAAGGUGGUAUACUAAGAAGUAUUGGGAUUCUGUUUCAGAUUAAGAAAGCUUAGUGCCAUAUAAAGUGUUGUUCAACAUUUCCUGAGUACUGCCUAAUUUUAGUCCUGAAUCUUUAUACUACCUUGUUUGGAAGCUGAUUGUUAAACUGGAGUUGGAGUUUGCUGACAUUUUCUACUUCAUAAAAUGUAGGGAGUAGACGGGGGUUCCGCAUCAGCGUUUCAUUGCAACUUUCAAGUGGAGCCAAUGUAAAGUUACAUUCAGUAUAAAUCAAAUGGAGACUUUUGGUUUGCGCCCCCAAUACCAGUAAUUACAAUCAGAAUUUAUCAUUUUAAACUUUGACUUCCUAUCUAUAAUACCAGCCUUGCCAUUUUUCUUGAGCUUUUAGCUUUUUUGGAUUAUCUGCAGUUCACUGACUUUAACAGGUUGGGUAAUAAAUUUAGACUUAAUUAAGCACAGUGACUUCCUGAGCAAAAUAACCCAGACAGACACAGGGUUUAUUUGACACCCUGGAACUGCACCCUUAAGUUUUAUACUGCAAUGUGUUAAUUAUAAAGAGUGUGCUGUUGUGGACAACUUGAAUUUUAUUUUUACUUUUU